AUGUGCCAAUAUUCACAGAAGAAUCUUUUGCUGGCAGCAAUAGUCAUCAUCAGAGCAUUUUCAUUUCUUGACGGACAGGGUCUGUGCAUCAGCAGUUAUCACAAGGAACUGGAGCCUUUCUACAAGUCCUUCAUGCACUUAUAUCCAAUCGGAGUUAUACAAUGUCUUAAAGUAUGUAAACGAUACAAACUGUGUAAGAAAAUCAAAUAUGAUCGGGACCAUUUGACAUGUGACCUCAUGAUGGUGUUCGACGAAGAGUUGAAGAAGCCUCUUUCACUUAUAACCGUUUCAACUGUACAGACAAACAGUCGGAGCUGUUCACAUGACAGUUGUUCUGAAACUGAAGAUUGUAUCGACCAGAAAAAUGGGCAACAUAUUUGUCUUGCACGAGAAGUAUGCCCCUCUGCGGACUGGUUGCAUUUUAGACACAAGUGUUACCUCUUUCCAGGGGCAAAGAUGACUACUAAAAAGAACUGGGAAAUUUGCCGUCAGAUGAACACUUCGCAAUUGAGAAUUGAUAACAAGGGGGUAAACAACUUUCUCCGAUCGCAACUUAGAGACAGAGAUAUCAGUGGAAUGUGGAUUGCUGCUCAAGCCGGAAAGAUCAUGAAUUGGAUUUGGGAAUCAGGAGGAUCAAUAACAAAUGCAAACUGGGGGCCAGAUGAGCCUGACCGCAGAGGAAAAAGACGUUGUGCCGAAAUCCAAUCAAAUGCGGAAUGGAUUUCUAAGUAUUGCGAUUUUGACGUUUCAUAUGCCGCGUGUGAAGUCCAAUAUGCCAUUAUGCCAUAG